UUGUCCUGAAGAAAUAAUUGCAGUUUUUCUCAUGUUAGUCAGUGCAGCUACUGCGAAUACACGUCUUUCAUCCAAAAAACUCUUUUCUGCAAAGGCUGACAGUUUAAUCUUGUGAUGUCUGCUAAAUCCAGUUAUUGUGCUUACUUAUGCCUAUAACUCCUUCCCACUUUUCAGUAGCGGGGCAGAUGAAACCUCCCAACUAAAAAGAGGGUCCUUCUGCGACCUCCAGUGUAAGCUCAGGAGAGACACACUUGACUACAACUUGUCUUUUUUUUUCAAUAGGAUGUGUGAAAAUACCUCAGGUAUUUCAGGACCUGUACAUGAGUGCAGUGGAGACAAUGCAACUUUGCCCAUAGUUAGUAGUGGGGGGCAGGAAUUAAUACUUUCUCCACAGCAUCAGUCACUGGGGUUAAUUGAAGUAAAGCCGUGUCCAGGGAGUGAAGAAGGCAAAAAGCCCGUGAUUGUUACUUAGUUCAAAGUCAUGUAUGGUCUGUACCUACACUUUCCAUGUACUUUUUUUGGUAGGUAACUUUUUUGCACUUACCUGCUUUAGCUCCAGUUCAGCAGUUGACCACAUAGAUAAAUUGUAUUCUUGACUGCACAAACCUUUUUAGAAGUAUCAGCAAUGCUUUAUGUGCAUGUAAAAUCUUAUAAAUCUGAAUUACCUGAAAACUGUUAUUGCCAAAACUGAAUCUUAUGAAUUAUCACUGUUUGUUAUGUCUUUUUAUAGUCCAGAAAUUACACUUAAAUUCUUACCAGUUUUACCGUGCCAGCUGUGAAUGUUUUGGUGCCCUUCUGGAUUCCAGAGAUUCAUACUGCCUAGCUCCUGCGUUUGAACCUGUCCUACUUGAACUUGCCUUCAGACCUUGAAAAUGUUUACGUUGCUUUUAAGGCAGUGGGCAGUUACAGGCACAAGACUGUGUCUUCAGUGUUAAAACUUGCAUAAAUUCCUUACUGUUUGUGGACAAGGAAGUGUGAUAUGGGGUGAACCUCUGAUAAUUCUUCUCACACAUGAUUGCAAUGAAUUUUGAGGCUCACUAUUCUGUGAUGGCAGAAAAGCUACUGCAUGCUUUCCCAGUUUGUAGCUUGGGAGAAGCAGAGGUAUUACCUAAUCCAGUUUCAAUGUGACUGCACUAUCUUUCAGCGCAGAUUUGAACUCUGCCCGGAGGUGCCAAUUGGUUGAAACCUAAAUGAUCUGUUAUUGUGCAAUAGAAACAUAUCACCUUUAUUCAAUCAAAGUAUGCUUGCAUGUUGAUCCACAAGAAAUUUGAUGGCUUGGCAGUGGCCUAGGGUGCAAAACCUUUCUAAACUGCUGAUUGAAACAUUCACAAUCUCCUGGUGACAACAUACUGCUCUCUGGAUGUAGUGUUUUGAAUAGCUCUGAAGUGCAAGGAAGUGGCAUGCAGUCUUAGAGCAAUCUGAUAAUCUUAAGCAUUCUCACUUUGAGAAAAACGUCUUUUACACAGCUCUUACCAGGCAGUUUGAGUUCUUAGGAAGUUAAUGAAAAACCUAAUAAUAUGUAAUAGAAAGGUGGCUUCCACUGGAAUAUCUACAGAAAGGAAAGUGAAAGUCAGUGUCUUGCUUUUUUUUUUCUUCUUUUUUUAAAAAGAUGAAUUUUUGAUGACAUACAACGUACUGUACCAGGUAGGAUUGUGCUUCUCAAGUGUUUGAAUUGAGGGGUCACUCAGCUGUUCGUAUUGUUUGUUGUUUGUGGAUAUUGGUGGAAAAAAAGAGAGUUUCUUAAUGCUUAAAAUCUUUUUUUUUGUCAGGUGCAAUGGUUUUGGGGAUACAAGGAAAGGUAUUGAUGAUGACAAGCAGUGAACAUGAGUUGCAGACGUGCUAAUCUAGGUGUCUUGUCUUUGUGUCUGCUGACACUAAGGAGCAGGUUUCUGGCUAGGUGUUUGAGUUAUUUUGUUUAGUUGUUGCAAAUUGUCUUCAAACUGUAGCUUGAAAAACUGGUACUGGGAGACAUUUCCCUGUCAAACCUUCCUUUUUCUCUUUUUCUUUGGUACUUCAUUUCCCAGAGAGAAAGAAGAGCCGUUUUCCAGCAACUAUGCUGUUUUUGCCUCCUUGCUUCAACUCCUAGAAAAGAACCAAGUGUCACAGAAAUAGUAAUUUUUCCCCAUUCCCUCUUUCCUGCUGUUGUAACCCGGGUUUGUUCCCACUUGCAAGCAAACAAGCGGUGCAGAGAGAGAGAGGGGGAGGAGUUCAGACUUACUGUGCAAAUACAUACAGAUACACUUAUCUAAAUUGAUGCCUCAUAGAGGAAGAGUCACAGAUGAAGCAAGCAGCUAAUGAUGGCUCAGUCGAAGGCUCUCCUAGUGCUGGAAAACUUUAUAGGUGGCAAAUUUAUUCCUUGUUCCUCCUACAUAGACUCCUAUAAUCCAUCCACCGGAGAUGUCUAUUGCAAGGUGCCAGACAGUGGCAAAGAAGAGGUGGAAGCUGCUGUCAAAGCUGCCAAAGAUGCCUUCCCAAUUUGGUCCUCAAAAAGUCCGUGGGAAAGAUCUCAGAUCCUGAACAAAUUGGCAGAUCUGAUUGAACAUGACCUGGAAGCGUUUGCACAAGCAGAGUCAAAGGAUCAGGGAAAAACUAUUACAUUUGCCAGAACAGUGGACAUCCCUCGAACUGUGUACAACUUCCGAUUCUUUGCCUCUUCCAUCCUUCACCACAUCACAGAGUGCACUGAGAUGGCAACCAUGGGCUGUGUGCAUUACACCUCGAGGGCACCUGUUGGAGUUGCUGGUUUAAUCAGUCCUUGGAAUUUGCCACUGUAUUUGUUGACGUGGAAAAUAGCUCCUGCCAUUGCAUGUGGAAAUACUGUGGUUGCCAAGCCAAGUGAGAUGACAUCUGUCACAGCUUGGAUGAUGUGCAAGCUCUUGGAGAAAGCAGGGAUUCCUCAUGGGGUGGUGAACAUAGUGUUCGGAACAGGCGCCAAGGCAGGAGAAGCCCUCGUCUGCCACCCUGACGUGCCUCUGGUCUCCUUCACGGGAAGCACGCUGACGGCCCAGCGGAUCACGGAGAAAAGUGCUCCACACUGCAAGCGGCUUUCACUGGAACUGGGAGGCAAAAACCCCGCCAUCAUCUUCGAUGAUGCUGACUUGAGCCAAUGCAUCCCUACUACCCUGAGGUCCAGCUUUGCCAACCAGGGUGAGAUCUGUCUCUGCACCUCCAGGAUCUUUGUUCAGAGAGGCAUAUACAGUGAGUUUUUGAAGAGGUUUGUAGCAGAGGCCAAGAAGUGGAAGACCGGGAAUCCCUCAGAUCCUACAGUCGAUGUGGGAGCACUUAUAAGUAAAGAACAUUUAGAAAAGGUAAGGAACUAUGUGAAGAAAGCCCAGGCUGAAGGAGCCAGAGUCCUCUGUGGAGAGGGAGUGGAUGCUUUGGAUCUCCCACCUGGCAACCAGAAAGGCUAUUUCAUGUUGCCCACAGUUAUUGCUGAAGUUAAGGAUGAAUCUUGUUGCAUGCAAGAAGAGAUCUUUGGUCCUGUGACAUGUGUGGUAGCAUUUGAUACAGAAGAAGAAGUGAUCAAAAGAGCCAAUGGUGUGAAAUAUGGCUUGGCAGCCACUGUGUGGUCCAGCAACGUGGGACGCGUUCACCGGGUGGCACACAGGCUACAGUCUGGAUUGGUGUGGACCAACUGCUGGCUUGUGAGAGAUCUGAACUUGCCAUUUGGUGGGAUGAAAGCCUCAGGCAUAGGAAGGGAGGGAGCAAAGGAUUCCUACGAGUUCUUCACUGAGGUCAAAACCAUCACAAUAAAGCACUGAGAUAUGUAAAAGGAAGUAUUUUAGAGUAAAAUAAAUGACAGUAAUUUGAGUUACAAGAAAUAAAUUACAGUAAUUUGAGUUACCAAAAAUGGCUCUCUAGAACACAGGCUGCUAUUGUGGCCAUCUUUUUCUUGAACUGUGGUCAAGUAAUAUCAAUGACAUCUGAAAACAGUCAUCCCAAAUGCUAAUGUUGAAGGCAGCUUUUCAUGUUGAAUGAGAAGAUCAAUGUGGACUCCACAAUCAACCCAUUCCAAGCCAGAUGACUUGCCUAUUUUAUGGAUCCUAAAGCUUUUUUGAGUAUUCGGGUCUCAAAGAUCUGUCUCUCUAAGGCAGAUUGGAGAAAGAGUGAUAUAUAACUGUACCUCUGGUUGAUGAAUCACCUUGAGGGACAAAGUGGCAAGCACAUGGUAAGGCUGAUAUUGUAAUGGCAAUCAGUCUGUUUCACUCUAUGGUCCACAUAUCAAUCCAUAUUGCACUUCACUGAUAUCAGAUAAGGACUAAUGCUAUACCACACUGAAAGCCUGAGGAACUGCCUUUAAUCUACUAAGUGGUUUUAAACCAUGGGAUCAUGAAAUUCUCAUUAUAUUCAUGGAGACAAUAAAUGUUUUAGUUAUAACCUGCUUUAUAGUAUGCAGCUGAAUAAUCCUAAUGCCUGUUCUCUAACUAUUUUGAAAUUAAAGCCUUUUUUCACUUCUA